GCCAUUUAGGUGCGUGUGUGCGUGUAUCCUGUCGUUUAGGCGUUUUCUCACAACUGUGUUGUUCUAUCAAGAAAUACUUCACAUCAGCCGAUUCACAAUGCCAGAUGUCGACAAGAACCAGUAUAAGCCUUUUAAGCAAAGAAAAAGUUUUGCCACGAGAAAAGAAGAGGUGGCAGGAAUAAGGGCAAAAUUCCCAACUAAAGUUCCGGUAAUCGUGGAAAGGUAUUACAAAGAAAGAAAUUUAUCAAUAUUAGAUAAAACCAAGUUCCUGGUACCCCAAGAGUUGACGAUGAGUCAGUUUGUUACAAUUAUUAGAAAUAGGAUGUCACUCAGUGCGACGCAGGCAUUUUACCUGAUGGUGAAUAAUAAAAGUCUAGCUAGCAUGUCAACGACACUUGCAGAAGUUUAUAGGGAUGAAAAGGAUGAAGACGGAUUUCUUUAUAUGGUUUAUGCAUCACAAGAAAUGUUUGGUUGACGAUGGAGAUUCCUAUUAAUUAAAGACACUGUAUAUAUUGUUGAGAGAAAAGUGAGCAUAUUUUCAUAGACAUUAAGUGGAUGGUGAUGCAGGCAGUAUUUUUUAAAGUGUAUUUCCAACAACAGUGCCUUUCAUCGAUCUAUGUGUAAAUACUUCCUAUACCGGUACUCGCAGAUGUGAACAAGAUUCUUUAUUUAGUCUAUGUAUUUAUAACUCUGUGUUGCUCAGUGAACAGCUGUAUUUUUAGAAAAUUCUAAUUUUCUCUUUGCUAUAAUAACAUUCAGCUGCUUAGAUUCCCAUCCAGUAUCAGUAACGAUCAAGUGUUUCUAACAUCUAUGUGCGUGGGAGUCAUGUGAUCAAAUAAUGCGAAUUUAAAAAUAGAACAAACGUAGUUGUCAGCUGAGCUAUGGAUUGCGUAAACUGUCAAUAUUAGUACACCUGUACCGAUCGUAUACCAGGACAGAGGUCAAGGGGAGAAUACUUUAUUUAUAAAAACUCAUUUCUCAACUACUUUUUUUCUAGACUCAGCAGAUGUUUCUAAAUGUCUUUCCAUUUCUCGUACCCAUUUAUUGAGAGUGUAUUUUUGUUUCAACCAUCUGUCUAAUUAUUAUCCAGUGUGUUUUCGGAAGGAGCAUUAUAUCUAUUUUUUGAACAUACAAAU